GAGGUGCUGCAGGAUAACUGAAUGGUAGCAGGAUACUCCUGGCGCUGGCUUGUAAUUUCGCUUCCUGCGUCUCAUUUUUCAUAUUUUAGCGCUUUGAGUGCCAUUUGGCAAACUGCACAACUGGAAACGGCAACAGCAAUGGCUAUGGCUAUGGCGACUGCCCAACAAGGUAAAAGGACUGGAAUGAGUAAGUGUGGGACAUGUUCUUGUGCCAGCAGACAAACCUCAAAGUGGCCAGUGGAGUGGGUGACAAGUUAAGGAUACUGACCACCUCUGAAUAGGGUCAAAUUUUAAAAGUGGAGAUUAGUCAAAAGAAACAAAAAUUAAGUAAUAAGUGAGCUGUUUAAAAAUAGGCUUAUAUUAAAACAAAAAUUUUCAACCGGAAUGUAAUAUUACAUUUAUUACAUUUAAAAUAGUUUUUUAAAAAUUACUGAAAUCACUGUUUAA